GGAGCACAGGAAAAACUUUGGGAGCUGCAGGGCAGACGAUAUUUUUGGCCCAGGUCACAGAUUGAUUCCUGCCCACUCUUUCCCUGCUGCUUGCAAGAAAGGGUUCCUACCGAGGAUGUAGAGACAAGUUUUUAAAGCUGUGGAGUGGGAGCACAGCACUGCAGCCUCCCAUUCACCAGGGCUCUAAAAAUCACAAGAAACCAGCACCUGACAUGAUCUUGAAGGAACAAGCACCUGUUAAUUUUGUAAACUGGACCGAGUAACACGAUGCACCCAACAUGCAAAUGAUUUCAGAUGGAAACAAAUUACACAUCAGAAAUGACAAUGCUGAUAACAGUAUCAUCCUCCAUCCAGCCUGCUCCCAUCCACCACCACCUUUCUCCCCCUCCCACCCUACCAAAGCCUGGGAAGGACAAUGUGCGGCUCCAACGGCUGCUGAAAAAGGCAGCCAAAAAGAAUGCUGUCUUCGCUUCAGAGCAAGCCAAGUCCUUCCGGUCCAGCCUCUCACCUGUGAACGAGGCCAGCCCUGACCAAGAGGAGUACGAUGAAAGCACUCCCCCAGCAGAGAUCCCUGAAACCACAGCAUCCCCCUCUACCAGCCUGCCCACUCACAUCUCCAUCAGGCCCGUCAACCACCGCGCCCCCUCCCCUUUCCGAAAGAGCAAGCCUUUCACACUGAAGGUCACUGAGCAGAGGCGCAUUGCUGAACAUGUCCUGCUCACAACCUCCUCAGCCAUGCCCCUGCUACACAAACCAGAGGCUCCCGAGACUACACAUCAGCCAGAAGACGUGGGCUCCCACCUUCCCUCCCCAUGUGACCCAUCUGUUUUCCCCCAGCCUCCUCCUUCCAGUAAAGAAAGGGCACCAGAAGUUACCUACGUCACCAAGGUGAACACUUAUUUCCACAGUGUCAAGCCACCAAGGGCUAAGACUCCCACAUCAAACCUGACACAAGGAACCGUAAGCCAUGAAGACAAAAGGUCUUCUUCCCCAGCACCUCAAACAAGCUGCUCUGAACCAUCUCCAGAGCACAUACCCACCUCACUUGAUGACAGCAACGCCACACUUCCCUUGUUGGAACCUCCCCUCCUUCCUGCUGCAGACACAGAACCUGCUGCAGACACAGAACCUGCUGAUCAAGCUCCCAAGCCUGUUCCUAUUGAAGAGUCCAUCAAGGCCCCUUCACCCAAGCCAAGCACCUCUGAUGCCCACAGCAAUAUGCCUACAACUCAUAGAAGUGACACUGAAAUAUCUGGAUCAGAGACAGCUUCUGAAUUACCCAAGGAAGACAGAGACAUCCUAAAACAAACGACAUCCAGUGCUCCCUGGAGGCAAGCACGCCCACCAACAGCAACGCCAGCACAAGCUGAUGGUACUGGGUCCACCUCCACAGACACCAAGGCAGAAGACAUCAUUCAAACUCAAUUGACCCCCAGCUUACCCAACACCAGCCUUCCCCUCAAAGCUGAGCCAGCACCACCAUCAGUAGAAGCAGCAAGACCAUCUGGAACCAGUGCCAGUGGCUGGCAUCGCCUCAGGAAGCACUUGAUGGUACAGCCAGAAGCACCCAGCUUCCCAGAGCCCAAGCCAGAAAAGCUGGAACAGGAGGAAGGGAGUAAAGAGGACACUGCUCAAGCAGUCAUCAACCAAGACUGCAUGCUGUUUAAAUCAAGAGCCAUGAAAAUGUGGGAUGCUAUUUUAUACCAGGUGACACUCAACAAGGAGACGAAGCAGCAAGCAGAAGAGAAGAAGCCACGGAAGGAAGAAAACGUCUUUCUUCCCCGCCGCUUGCCCAUCCUUCUGCACAAGCCACGUUUUGACGCCCGGAAACUGAAGGAGCUGGCUACCAAACCCAUGACAAAGAUCAGCACUGUGUUUGAGCUGAGCCGGUUUAGACCCAAAUCAGCUGAGGAGCACACCAAGAGCUUUAACAGAACAGCAUCAGGAUGGUCAGCCAACUGAAGCCAGGCAGCUCCAUGCCUCUGGAGAUUCCUACAGGGCACCCAAGCAGGAGAACACCUAGGACCAGGUUUACUGUCCACUGAAGCCAAGUGUAAGGAAAACAAGGAAAUUAAAUAAAACCCCUCAAAGCCA